ACGGUCGAGGCUGUUUCGCAUCUUGGAGCACGCGUGCAUGUUCGGUCUCGCGGACGGGCGAGAACAGGCUUUCUCCCGUCGCGCGCGUUUGUCUCAGCACGAAGGCGUGAAGGGACAGCGCUGUUUGAAGUAAGGGGCUUGCUUUGGCGUGCACGCGCAUCUUUCAGCGGGCGGACAGCGCUUCGAAGCCCGGGCUGCGUGCGCGCGCUGACCCCCUCUGUUUCAGACCCACUUUGAAAGUAGACAGCGCGCACGUGCACGCGCUCGUUUCAGCGCCAGGCUGUGCUCUGCGCGCGCGCGCCAGGACUCAACCGGUGGCAUAUUCAACUGAGCCGCGCCUCGCGCACUUUUUCCACACACGUACACGCACGCGCGCGCGCCGCAGCCGAGCUCGAGCCCGAGCGCGCCACGGGAUGCACUGAAAGAGGGUUUGGCUGUAUCGCGAGAAACUUGGACGCUUGAAGCGGGAGCAGGUGGAGAACCGAGAAGCCGGCGAUGCUCGCGCUGAACCGAGGCUGGUGAUAGCAGGGCGGACUGCGGCGCGAGGAGGAAGACGAGGAGGAAGAAGAGGAGGAGGAGUGGUGGUGCGGUGCUGCCGAGGAGCGCCUCCAUUCACAAGCAUGCUGGUGGGCAAUGCCUGUCGACAAAGAGGCCGGGAUUUGCCAAAAAGCACUGGAGCUCUUGACGGAUCUCUGUUCUAAGGGGGAAGUGCAGAACGAGAACUGUUUGGAUUUCAUUUACUAUUUCCGAGACCUUGCCAGACCGCGGUAUUCAGAGUCAGAUGUAUCAGUGAGCCUGCUGUCAUUGGUGGUGACCGCCUGUGGCUUGGCCUUGUUUGGCGUCUCUCUCUUUGUCUCGUGGAAGCUAUGUUGGAUACCAUGGCGAGAGCGAGGCCUCUCUCCUGGCACCAAAGAGAGCCAGCCAGACCCUCACCCUCACCCACCUCCUCCGCCCCUUCAGCCGCAGCCCAUUUACACAGAAGUGGAUGCAACCCUCGACCGCCGGAACCAGCCGCGAGGAUCUGUAGUUAAGGAGAUGACGGUGCCUCCUACACCAGUCUCUCCGCCUCCGCCCGGGUCUCCCCCACCCGUCCCGGUGCCUGAGGCAGCCCUGAAGAUCAGCCACACUUCACCUGACAUUCCCCUAGAGGCGGAGUCCAAGGCCCGGGAGAACGGUGUCUAUGGCAACAGCCGCAUACAGAGACAGAUCACUGAUCCGUCUUCCACCUGUAUCCGGCAAAGCUCUAUCCGACGUCAGAUGAACCAGUCCAAUCCUGACUUUAUGGUAGCUCAGUUCCAGAGGCAAGACUCUCUGACAGGAAUGAGUCUUGGGAGGCUUAAACCAGAGUUGUACAAGCAGCGCUCUCUGGACAGUGAGGAAAACCGAAGUGGUCGAGGUGGCAUGUGUGGUCGUCUCCAUUUCAUCCUCAAAUAUGACUGCGAUCUGGAGCAGCUCAUUGUCAAGAUCCAUCGUGCCCAAGACCUUCCAGCCAAGGACUUUUCCGGCACCUCAGACCCCUAUGUUAAAAUCUAUCUACUGCCCGACCGCAAGACCAAGCACCAGACCAAGGUGCACCGUAAGACUCUGAACCCUGUGUUUGAUGAGGUCUUCCUCUUCCCUGUGGCAUAUGCUGAACUUCCCACACGAAAGCUCCACUUCACUGUUUAUGAUUUUGACCGUUUUUCACGUCACGACAUCAUUGGACAAGUGGUGGUGGACAACUUCCUAGACCUGGUAGACUUUCCUCGGGAGACCAAGCUGUGCCGAGAUAUUCAAUAUGUGUCUUCGGAUAACGUGGAUCUGGGGGAUUUGAUGUUUUCUCUCUGUUACUUGCCCACUGCCGGUCGACUGACCAUUACAGUGAUAAAAGCACGCAACCUGAAAGCCAUGGACAUCACUGGAGCUUCAGACCCAUAUGUGAAAGUUUCUCUAAUGUGUGAAGGCCGAAGAUUAAAGAAGAGGAAAACCUCCACCAAAAGGAACACACUGAACCCCGUUUAUAAUGAGGCUAUAGUGUUUGACGUCCCACCAGAGAACAUUGAUCAAAUUAGUCUUUUGAUAGCUGUGAUGGACUAUGAUCGUGUAGGUCACAACGAGGUUAUAGGUGUGACUCGGGUGGGUAACGACGCAGAGAGUCUGGGCCGAGACCACUGGAAUGAGAUGCUGACAUACCCUCGUAAACCCAUCGCUCGCUGGCACCCACUUGUGGAGUACCAGGGAUCCAGUGGGGGAAGCCAGACGGGGUCCUGCAACUCCCUCAAGACUCCUCCCUCUCCAUAGAAGACAAAUCCUGCCUAAGUCUCAGCGUUUGAGUGGGCAGUGGCUCCUCCUUGAAAGUCGUUAGGUCAAGAAUGGAGCUGCUGACCUCCUCAGGAGUCUUACUUCUAAGAAAAAGGCCUGGAACAUCGUUGUCUUCAACCUGUGCCUCUGGAAGCCCUUCCUUGCAUGGGAACACUGAUUGUUUCAGCUGCAUGUUGAGUGGUCACAUACUGUACGGUUAUUUUAACACAAAAUAUGGUGAUAUGAAAAGAGUACAAGGGGUUUCAUUUUGAAUGUUAUCCUGUUUUUCAAUGUCAUACACUGUUAAUCCAAAUGUUAAGGUUCUAAACACCUUUACAGUGAAUUUAUUUGAGCUGUUGCUCUAUUUGAGAACAUAUUUGACUGUAAUGUAAAAUAAACACCAGUAUUAAAAGAUAAUAACAAGAAUAUUCAAAUAUUCAAAAGUAUUUGUGUUUUACACAUUUGAUGUUGCAUUUUCCAAGGAGUUCUCAAAUAUAGGAAUACUGCUCAAUUAAAUACUGAAAUACAUGUAAAUGUUACAGAAAAGUGUUUAGAACUCAGACAUUGGAAUUUAUAGUGUGAAGAGUUGUGAAAAAGUGUCUGCCCUCUUCCUAAUUUUCUCUGUUAUUGCACAUUUAUGACAGUGAAUUACAGUUGAUUAUUUAUCGAGAAAAUGUAUUCAAUGUGUAAAUCAUCCCUGUGAAAAAGUAGUUGCCCCUUUAGUUACUCAAGCAUAUUCUGAGUGAACCCAGCUUUCAUGUAGUCAGCCCUGGGAACAUUGGUGAAUCUUCUCAGGAGUGACUGGCAUGCCAAAAUUUCCCAAAGGUCACAGAGCCAAAUCAUCUAGGAAGUCAUUAAAUGUUCCAAGAGAACAUCCGAGGAGCUGUACCUCUCUCUAGCCUCAGCUAAGGUCAGUGUCAUGACUGCAGAGUGAAAAAGGUAUUCAGGAGAAAAGUAGCAUUCACGGAAAGCAGCAAGGGAGAUUGUACUAAUAAAACAAAAGAAACAUCAAUACUCAUCUCACAUUUCCAAUAAAGCUCCUGGACAAUCCCUAUGUUACUUGGUCUUGGACAAACUAGGCCAAAGUUUUUGGCCUACGCAGGUUCCUUUAUAACUGCCAUAAAUCAAGUUCUGCCUUACCAACAUUCAAACAUAGUGGUGGUAAUAGGAAGGUGUGGGGAUGUUUUGCUGACCCAUGACCCAUGACCCUACUAUUGAAGGAACCAUGGAUUCUGUUCAGAAAAUCAGAGAAUUUUUGAGGAAGGCAUAUGUUUAUCUGUCCAUGGGCUGAAGCUGAACAUAAUGAUCCAAAACAGAAAUGCAAAUCCAUGUCCUGACAUGAACCCAAUAAAGAUGCUGUGGCCUCAAACAAGCAGUUCAUGCUUGAAAAACUACCAGUCAAUCUGAGUUAAAUCAAUUCUCCAAAGACAAGUGGGAUCCAGUUCCUCCAUAACAAUCUGAAAGGCUGAUAUCAAAUUAUAGCAAGUUUAUUGCAGUUACCAUUACUAAAAGGUUAAUUGGAUAUCUUUGGUCCUUAAAUAAAUGAAAUGAUCAUUUAUAAUAUGCUUUUUGCAUUUGAGAAUGUUACAUUUUGUUUAAAGAUCUAAAAGUAUUCACUGUGACAAAUAUGCCAUGAGAAAAAUAUGACAGAGAAAAUCAGGAGGGAAAUACAUUUUCACAGCACUUUAGUAGCCAGUCCCAAAUGUAAAUGGCCCUCCCUUAUCGCACAAACAACCACCAAUCAGGGAGGGCGAAGGCUAGCAAAUGCCUGACGCUGGUGCGGCCUGCUAUGGUGUCUUUUGAGCCACCGCCUCAGCAGAACGCGCACUCUUUGAAACAUGCAGACCUGAAUGGCUGGUAUAUCGUGUUAUUCCUUCUCUGAGAGAUUACUGGGAUUCAACCACGGGCUCACUUUUACACUGGAAUUAGAGCUUUUAGAGAAUGAGCAACUAAAAAAAAAGAGUUCAAAGUCUCAAAGAGCGUUUUUAUGGGUGUCUAUAAGCUUUAUUUGAUUAACUUUUUUUAAAGCAUAGUCUUGGUUCCUGUUUCUGACUGGAUAUUGUAGUGUAUGUUAUUGUGUCAUCUGUAGAUCUUGAGGUCAUAAUAUUCCCUUUACAUCAUUCCCCUUUUUCUUUACUCAAAAGUGCAUGGAUGUGUUUUUUGGUGGGGUACAGUCUGAAGCAGUUUUGUCAUGAAAUAAUGUGCGAAUUCUGUCAUGAAACUGUUGCUGCCAUUUGCUGAUGAUUUACUUACAGACUUUGCGAGUAAAAUGUAAUUUCAUGUUAUUAA